UGCUGGCUGACAUAAGUAGAACCCUUUGGCUGUCCGCGGUAUUUUUCGAAUGGUUUAACCUUUUCAGACUCUAAGAGGAUUUCAUAAUGUCACAUUUUGUCCAGCUGUGUUGCAGACCACAUGUCAUCAGGAAAAGCUGCGAAAAUGUGUUCUUGCGAGACUUUUUACACCGAAAUUACCAAAAGACUUUUGUGAAUGUUUUUAAUAAUAAUCUUCGUCGUGGUUGUUAUGCAACAUCAACCAGCAGUGUUAUUACCUUGUUGAAGAGCAGUUCCAAAAGAGAAGCAAGUUUACCACCACUACAAAGUCUUAGAAGAUGGCAGAGUUCAUCUUCAAGCACUUCUCAGAUUCUCAGUCAGAAACCAGACACAAACUCUGUCCAACCACGAAACAAUCUAAACAUUAUAAAAUUACGCUCAUGGGCCUUUUCCGUUGAAUUGUUUGGCAACCUCAUCAUUCGGACCUCCUUGUCAGUUCGAGUCACACCCAUCAAUCCACAUGAAUACCCUGCUGCGGAUAGAGCAUUCAUCCACCUCAUGCUGAAAAGCCGAGCAGCUGAAACGAAGAGCGGGUUGAAGGACUUUCUUCAAGGAGACGAGGUCGGCUUGUGGCAGCGGUUUGUAAGAGGCGAUGUUCUACACCAGGACGCUACGAUUGAUGUGUCAGGAGAUGUGGUUGAGAAAGAGAUGGCAUCUUUGGAGGAUGCGGAGCUACUGUGGCUUAUUGAAGUCCCAAUGUCCUAUGAUGUUGAUGCUGAAUCAUCAGGGGGCGGAGCUAUAGCUGUUAAUCAACUUGAAAAUCAAAUAUGCAAGCUGCAAACUGAAACAGGAAACAUUGUCACCAACAAACUAAAGUCGGAUAAAGUGACCUUGAAGAGUGCAUCCGGCGACAUCAACUGUGUGAAAGUAUUACAGGGUAACAUCACCAUAGCAACAGGAAACCAAGGAACUGUUACAACUGACAGACUGCAGGGCCAGGACAUCUCUGUUUCUGCUGACUCUGGGGUUGUUGUAGUCAAAGACGUCUAUGCCAGACAGGCUGCCUUCAAAUCAAGAAAAGGGGACAUCCGACUCGGGAAUCUACAUGGGGACGUCCAGGUUUCUUGUGGUCAAGGAAACGUUGGAAUUGUGAGUCUGGACGGAUCUCUGAAAGCGGACAUUGAUCAGGGAAAUAUCAGCGCUUAUAUCGUCAAACACACCGAUGUAAAUAUCACGUGUAAACAAGGAGAUAUUUCCAUCCAGACACCCCUAGAAGUACAGACAAAUCUUCAUCUUCAAGCCUCUCAAGGAAUUCACACAGCUGAAGAAUUGGCUUCCAAGUUUACAUCGGAAGUGGAAGAGAAGGACAUUGUACAAGAGAAUACAAAACUGGGGCGUUUGAAUGAAGGGGGUGCUUCAUCAUUGACAGCCAGUGCUUCUCAAGGUAGCGUCACACUUUCCGUCCAAUCGUGGUUCGACUCGCUUCAACUGCAGAAGUAAAGGAAGAGCCUGUGGAGUGUCAUGUCCAAACAACUAGUGAUGUGUGGUCACGGCUGUUGGUCUAUUCAUUCCUUGUUAUGUAACAUCAUGAAGGUUCAUCCGCUAGACCCAUGGGAGAUACAUGCUUGAUAAACUACAGUAAGUCUUCUAUUUGUGUGGAUCUUGAGUAUCUGCAGCUCCCCUUAUUGACCCAAUUCACCUGACGUCAUCAUCGGAAUAAUAUUGGAUGCGCCAUAUUGGUGAUCAAUGUCACUGCAUGUUAUUCAGUGAAGUGCCCAUUUUUAGGCGCUGCAGCGUUAACAUGCAAACCUAUUGACCACCAAAAUGUUGAGCGUGGCACAGGUGCCACGUGUGACGUGCAUGCUAGGGGUGAGUAUAUAACUGGGCCCAAUUUCAUAAGCUGCUAAAGCAGAAAACGUUGCUUACCAAGAUUCCAGUUUCAAAUUGUACUUGUGACAUGGUAGUUUGGCUGGUUACUUUAUUCUGGUAAGCAUAAUUAUAGUUGUGUGCUUAGCUACUUUUUGUGCUUAAGCAGCUCUAAGAAAUUUGGCCCAGGAGGUUUAAAGGGCUUCAUCCUGUAGACCAAGGGGAGACCCAUGUCCUAUAUUUGUGUGGAUGUGGAGUACCAACUCCUCCGUUAUAUAAGAUAAACUACUUCAUCAAUUAGAACAAAUGAAAUGUAACACCCAAAAGAUUUGAGAGCUUUGCCUGCUACAUCAAGGGGAGACCCAAGCCUUCUACUCUAGGUCUUUCAUGUAUUGUUAUAUACAGUUACAGCCAAAGGCACAAUUUCAUAAACCUGCUAAGCACAACAAUUUGCAGAUCAUGAAAUGUCUUCCUUGAUAAAAACAGGAUUA